GACAGUGACCGUUUUUGAGACAGCACGCAUUAACUCCGCUCGGAUCUACUUGGAACCACAAAUUUCUCUCUUAUUGCUCGACAGGAUUGAGAUGUUACAUUUUAGGCGACCAACAGUGCUCAAGGAGUUGUUUGAAGCCACCCUGAAGCGUCCUUUUCCCGACGGGAGACAGAAGACCUGGUUACCGAGCCGCUGCCUCUGCUGCUCCGGCGCCGCCUCCGUUGAUGCCAGAGCCCUCUCCGCUCAGCUGAAGCUCCUCCAUGCCGCCGCGCAUCGCCCGGCGUUCCGCGCCGCGCCCUCCGCCGCCCCGUUCCGCUCGUACUGCACGAAAACCGAAGGUGCUCCUGUGGAGGUCGACGAGCAGCUGAAGAAGGAUGGUGUCAGCGGCGAAGCGGGCAGCGACAAGAGAAGAAAUGCAGGAAUCCUCCCCAGUUUGGAGGAUUUGCUCUUCUACACAGUCGCUGAAGGUCAAGAGAAGAUUCCUGCUCACAAGUUCCUCACGGCACUAAAAGCCACUGGCCUUCGCACUGGAGAUCCCAGACUGAAGGAAUGCAUGGAGACCCUCAAAGAAACCCUGAAGAACACUUCAGACGGCGUCACUCUGGACAGGCACUUGUUCAAAAAGUGUGUCCAGAGCAACAUUGUCCUGCUCACUCAGGCCUUCCGCAAGAAGUUCGUCAUCCCAGACUUCCAGUCCUUCACCUCCCAUAUUGAUGAGCUGUAUGAGAAUGCCAAAACUCUUGCUGGAGGACAGGUCGCAGACUACAUUCCUCAACUGGCCAAAUUCAGCCCCGACCUGUGGGCGGUCUCCCUGUGCACCGUCGACGGACAGAGACACACUGUGGGAGACACCAAGGUCCCCUUCUGUUUGCAGUCGUGUGUGAAGCCCCUGAAGUACGCCGUCGCCGUUCACGACCACGGCACAGAGUACGUGCACAGCUUCAUCGGGAAGGAGCCCAGCGGCCUCCGAUUCAAUAAACUCUUCCUCAAUGAUGAAGAUAAGCCCCACAACCCCAUGGUGAACGCUGGCGCUAUUGUUUGUACUUCACUGAUAAAGCAAGGUGCAGGCAACGCGGAGAAGUUUGACUAUGUCAUGAACUUUCUGAAAAAGAUGGCAGGAAAUGAGUACGUGGGGUUCAGCAAUGCCACAUUCCAGUCGGAGCGCGAGUCAGGAGACAGGAACUUUGCCAUCGGCUACUACCUGAAGGAGAAAAAGUGUUUCCCAGAGGGAACUGACAUGACAUCUGUACUGGACUUCUACUUUCAACUCUGCUCCAUCGAGGUGACCUGCGAGAGCGCCAGCGUCAUGGCCGCCACGCUGGCCAACGGUGGGAUCUGCCCAAUCACGGGGGAGCGUGUGCUGAGCCCGGAGGCCGUGAGAAACACCCUGAGCCUGAUGCACUCCUGCGGCAUGUACGACUUCUCCGGACAGUUUGCUUUCCACGUCGGUCUGCCUGCCAAGUCUGGAGUAUCGGGGGGAAUCUUGCUGGUUGUGCCCAACGUGAUGGGCAUCAUGUGCUGGGCGCCUCCGCUGGACAAGCUGGGAAACUCGGUGAGAGGAAUCCAGUUCUGCACGGAUCUGGUUGAGCUUUUCAACUUCCACAACUAUGACAACCUGAGGCACUUCGCCAAGAAGCACGACCCCCGCCGAGAGGGAGGGGACCAGCGGCAACACAACUUCGGACCCAUGGAUUACGAGAGCCUCCAACAAGAGCUCGCUCUGAAAGCCCCCCUUUGGAAAAAGGUGUCUCCCACAGAGUCGCACCAGGACAGCUCCACCACUGUAGUCUAUAGGAUGGACACUGUCAGCAAGUGAAGCUUUGCAGAGUGAGAGAAUAAAAAAGGAGAUCGCCCUGCCCCAACCCCGCCCCGCCCCGCCCUCCUCCCCCCUCACACCCUCACCUCUCACCUCUCGCAGCAGCAGCCACCAACACCUUUCCUCGCCCUGGAAUAUUUAUACAUAGAUUAAUGUAGAGGAUUAUUUAUUGCUUGUGAAGCAGUUACUGUGUGGACGGACUGGGGAAACUUUUGUGUGUUUGCGUCGGAGGGGAUGAAGUUACUGUGUUUCACUCUGAAUUCCCACAAGGAGCUCGUUGCCUUAGCGUGUCUAGGACGUGACCUCUGACCUCAGCCCCUUCACUGCAAUUCUGAAACGAUGUGAACCAAGGGUUAGUUUUCAGAAGUGGAGGAAAACCUGAAUAAAGUGACGCGUCUGCACACAGGGCGCUUCGGUACAGCCGCAUUUUAGACUGUUUUUAGUCUUUAAAACACACUGGGACUUCUUUCUGCGCACAGGCAGAACUGUUGCAGUGUAGCAGGUAAACAGUGUUUAAAUGUCAGGCUAAAGAUGUUUGGUCAUUUCUGUAAAGAUGAGCUAUGAAUUUGUUCUGGGAAAUGAACCAAACGUUGAGGGCUGAAGUUCAGUCGUUAUCACUGGAGAACAGUAUCCCAGCUUCAACAGUGAAUUAAAAGUGAUUGCACAGAGAUUAGGAUUAUUUGUGCCUCCCUGUGUGUCUGUAAUCUGAGAGUCCAGGUGAAGAAACCUGCAUCUCGAUUGGAUGAUAUUUAAAACAGAUGCAGUAAAGCGUUGGGUCGAGCCAUGAUCUGGUUCUUCAUGCAGUUUCAGGGACUCUCGGUAGAAAUUCGUGUGACUCAGUGUUGCUCAUCACUGCUCCUCCAGACGGAGGCUCAGAAAUCUGCUGGUGGUCGAACAGGAUGCCUUAGUCUAGAACUGAUCCCGCUUUCUACCUGAAUGUAAACAACCAAAGAUUAAAACGCUCAAAUCAGGAGUGUCGCUCUCACCCGCGCUUAAAAUACUCGCCGACAGAGCUGGGUAUGAAGGUUGAUACUUGCCAAAAGUAGAAGGACUCUACGCAAAAACGAUCCAUUCAGAACUAAGCGCGACUCAUUCUCAAAGGUUAAAAAUAUCUUUGUCUUUGCUGGACAGCAAACAGUCGGGAUUUUAUCCAAACUAAAUCCUUUACUUAACUCCAUAACCAUCUGAAAGUUUCCAGUUACUGCGGAGAUGCUGAACUGAAAGCUUUCCUUUAUAAAAUGAUACAGGUAUAUUUUAAGCAAAAGGCACUUCAGGACAGUAGCUCAGAGUCCAGGUUGCUGUGAUCAGAGUAUUUUAUUCAUUUUUUUAAGCAAAAAUUUACCAUGAAGUAAAAAAAAAAAUAAAAUAAAAAAAAAAAUGCAGUUUUAUUUGCAAAUUAGGUGGAGUAGAAUAAAUGAAUCUGUAGAUGACUGUUUAUUUAAAACGUGCCAUUGGACUCCAGUAGGUGUGGAGCGUAGCUACGUCAGUAGCUUCACCGCCGCUAUGAUGAGAAAACUUUAAUGUGCUCAUUUGUUCUGAGGAAGUUUUGUGGCUGUAAAAUUGGAUUUAAAUUGACUUUGAACAAGAGACCGCCUCAGGCCAGAGCUGAUUGAAGUUAUUGCGGCCUCGUGGUCAAACCUGGCACUGCACCAAAUGUAUAAGCUGUUUAUUAGAUUACUAAUUGACAUUUAUUUCAUGUCCUUAGUAGGACGCGAGCAGUCGUCAUCACAUUGCAGUUAAUUGAGACUUUAACCAUUCGAACUCCAACACUGAGCGUUUUCCAACAUCUCAGAUGAGAGUGAAGCACUCCUGUGGUGUAUCAGACAUCUACCCAGCUCUGGAGCAGAGGAAGUUGGACGUGUCCAUCUUGCAGCAGUAUUUUAUGAAUCUGUCCCGCCGACAGAGAUGUAAGAAGCUUUGAACUGGUUCAGAAAUGCAUCCUCAUGUGUUUCUGAGUGUCGGCCAAUGGUGCCGCACUCGCAGUAUUGUCUCGACGUUCUCUCUCCUCUCAGUCAGGUUUUCUACGACAAUCUUCUCCCCACUCCCACGUUGUACUGUAACUCUGAAUUGUACAUAGCAGCAGGUGUAAAUAGCUUUCGGGUGCACGGUUGAUGAUCUUCAGCAGCAGAGUGUGUGACAAAGAAACACUUCGUACGUUCCGAGUUUAGAGGCGACCUCCUCUAUGUAGCGCGAACACUUGCACAUGAAUGUCAUGUCAGCAGAUGCCUUAGAUGUCGCUCCACUGUGACUUUCAGAGGAUUGGGGAGACUUGUCCGCUGUCAGAACCGUGUGUGUGUGUGUGUGAGUGUGGGUGUGCGCUCGUUAACUACUGUGUCCCACUGAGACAAGAACUUGAUUCUGUGUUACAUUUUCUUUCUCUUCGUUUCUCAUGUUUUUUUGGGGGUUUUUUUUUUUUUUUUCAAUUUGUGGAGCCGCAGGGUAUUCAAAAGCCUCGGGACUGUCCUUCGUUAAACAAGCAGCACUUCCUGGGUUAAAGCCAGUCAGAGCCGAUCCUCAUGGAAACGCUCAAAAAUAUAGCAUCUUGUUCACAUUAUCAUCAGAAUUAAAAAUUAACCUUAAAAUAGACACAAUUCUCCGUCUGCCCUGGUAAUCCUGAUCACCUGAAAUGAACCACUUAUACAAACUAAAGUGCGCCCCUGGUGGUCACAUAUCAGCAUUGCAGUUACUGUCAUAAUUUCUCUCAGCUGGUAAAUUGAAUCUUGUGGACUGAACUUUUUCUUCUGUUUUCUCAAUGAAUGAAAGCGUAGCUCUCUCAGCUCGUGAAGUCAGAGUUUUCGGCCUCCUCUCCUCACUUCCACCUCCGUUCCCGCCUUCUUUUCCCCCUCCGACCUCCCCUGGUUUCACCCGCCUGGUUUCGUCCGUCUGCUGCACGCUGCUCUGAUGAAUCACGACGGCAGACCCUCAUGACUGUGCUUCAGGAAUGAGCUGCAUUAAUCAGUCUGGCUUUCCUCUCCCACUCCUCAAACUGCGAUGAUUUAACUUCAUGGCUGUCCGUGGGGCUUUUGAAUGCACUUGGCAGAUUUUGAGGGAACAUGUCAUGUAUGGGUCCUUUUUGUUUCUCAUUUGCAUGCAUAUUUUUGUAUAAAUUGAUAAAAGUCUUUUAUUUGAUCUCCUUUGACAUGUCUGUAUUUAUGUUUGAAUUUAUUUUCUUUGUUGUCUUCAAUGUUAUCCCCACUGAAUUGGAAAUUGCAGUUCUGCAUUCAGAGGACCGGUGGUGGCGAUUUAAGUGAAAUCGAGUGGCGAUGCGGCAGAUUCCAAGCCAUUUUAAAUCUGUGAGUGAACCCCCGGAGGUUCACAGGUAUUAAAGACAAGCGUCACAAAUGAAAUGACUUCUGCCAGAUGUGCUUAAAUCCCACAGACCGGUCCUUUACGAAUGAUUCAUACCAUCCAGCUGCUGAUUUUGGGACUGCGAGGUUCUCUGUGGACUAUUUUAGUUUGUAAAAACGUUCAGAUUUAUCUAUAUGAAAAGGGAAAAGCUGUUCCAGUACGAAUGGAUCCGUUGGGAACCUCGGAGUAAACCUGAUCAGUGAGACCACGCAGUUCCAAGGUCGCGACUGGUGUUUGUGUAAAGUCAAGUCUCCAUUAAGUCUCGAGGCGUCCCGUCUGCGUGAAGCCCCGCCUCCUCAGACGGAACACCCGGCAUGAUGUCCAGAUCUCUGUUGCCUUGGUGUAAAAUAAUGAAAAUAAAGCACUCUUAUCCAUCA